UUAGUACAGAAGUCUACAAAGCAUUUUCAUCGAUUAUGCCUGUUUGCAGGUACAUACAGUAUGUAUUUAUACAGCUUCUUCAGGACCCAUCUCAAUCUACGGCCACACUGUAAUGUGACAUCACCCUAUUUACAACGAAACAGCUAUUUUUCCUGUGGUUUUAGUUAACUGAAAAGGGUCUGCAAGAAGACUUAUAUUUUGUGUGUUAAUGUAGAAAAAAAAAUACACAGUUGGUUGAAGAUCGAUUCAUUUGUAUUAGAUUUAGUAUAUGCUACUAUUAAUAUGUUUCAUAGAAAUUUAAGUGUAAUAACGAAAUGUAUUUAUUCAUUAAUUCGAUUAAUAAUUAAGUGUAACUUUGUUUCGAGCAGAUAGUAAAAUCAGUUAAGCCCAACUCAGAUACUUUAGACAGGGUAAUCGGGUUUGAGUCAAAGUUCAACAUAAAAAAACAUAAAAAUAGUAGUUAAUCUCAUUUCACUAAAGUGUUUAUCCUACACGUACUGAUCGUUUCAUGGCGUGAAAUAUAAUGUAUCCCCCUCUUCGGCUAGACUGCUAAAUAAUUCCCAGUGUGUUGUACUCAUUUACCUAUUUCCUUCUAAAAUACACAUUUAAAUACGAGAAGGGGAUCGAGGGCUUCCCAAAUUCUGCACGUGCAACGGAGGACCCCGUUUCCAUGCCGACAAGGCAAAACAAAAUAAGUCUACUUACAGUACGUUGAUCGACUUCAGACAGUUAACGAAAGAAAACAAAUAAGAAAGUCCAUAUCAUCUGCCAUAAUGUCUCAUAGCACCUACAAUAAGAUUUGGGCUGAUGCCCAAAUGGAACUGAAAAGCUUGCUGACUCAUGAACUUCCUGCCGAACCACUCCGCCCAGAGAAAGACAGGGUCAUGUUCUUCCAGCGCCUAGCUGUGCUUUAUGUGCGUUAUAUUCAGAUUUUUCGGCAUCUGGAGGAAGCCUAUGAUCAGAUCGUUCACCCCCAAAAGAGGCGAAUAAUUCGACAACUGCUUGAUGGUGUGAUGGGUCGUGUACUGGAGCUCAAACACGAGAUGGUGGAGAAAGAGUUUUCUGAGUACCACUACAUGGAUGAUGUUAUCCAAGACUUGAAACUCACACCGGAGGACCUUGAAAUACCCAUCCCGAGAUACUUUAUAAGGGAAAACAGAACUGUCCUACAGGAGAGAAGUCAGAUGCUAUCCUCCAUUCUCAAAUCAAUCGGUGUGGAAGAACAACCAAAACCUGUGGGAGUAAGAUCUUUGAAUUUCGAAGAGGCCAUCAAGAUGAUUCAGGUGUCAGAGAGGGCGCGGCAGGGCCGAUUACGCGCUAGAUUUAUGAAAGAGAUCCGUCAGGACGAAGAGAGGCAGAGGAGAGCCAAGGAUAGGAACAAGGAAUCAACCGCCCUUGAUGAAGCUGCUGUCUGCAUUCAAAAGGUAUGGAGAGGUUUUCUGCAGAGAAAGAAAAUAAAAGAAGAAAGAGAGGAUGAGUUAAUCUUCCUGGGGAUGAAUUUUGGUCCUGAUCACUUCCAACUGAAUCCUUCCAUCCUGGCUGCACAAGAAAAUCAGGCCAGCAGACAGAAGAAACAAGAUGACUAUGAGGAGGACUUUCAGAAGUCCAUCAUGUCCAUCAUUGAAAAGCUCAGAGAUAUGGAGGGGCCUGACCUGAAGGAGAGCAUGAAGGAGCAAAUCCGCCAGUGGUUCAUCGAGUGCCAUGAUGCCACAGGCACUUUCCCAGACUACCCAGAGGAAGAAGAUGGAGGGUCUGCAUUAAUAUUCGCUGAGAAAACUCCACAACAGUUAUUGGAGGAAGUAGCUGCCAAGGAAGAAGAGGAAGCAAACAAAAAACCCAAAGGAAAGGAAGAAAAAAAGGAUAAAGGGAAGAAGGAUAAAGGAGAAGAGGAAGAAGAGGUAGGUCUGAAAAUGAUGCCAUCAGCUUUCCUUUCAGACCUGGAAACUGGAUGCGGAACCUACCAGGCUGUCUGGCAAAACCGCGAUGAGUCAAAGAACUUUAAUCAGUGGCAUGAGGUUGAACUGAUCAAAGAAGAAAAACGGAAAGAUCUCGAAUAUGAAAUCCGAUUGCAGGUAGAUGAGCUCAUGAGACAGGAGCUGGCUCACUGGAAGCUGGCUGUGGACAAAGACAAAGGAGGAAACACCAAGGGAAAUACGAAGAAGAAAAAAGGACCGAAAAAUGAAAAGAAAAAAAAGAAAGAGAAAGACUUGACUGCUGAUAGGAGUAUUGAGUCGCUUUUUCAUGAACUGGUUGAACAGGGCUUGCUGAAACAAUCUAAAGCUGUUAGGCUUGAAGACUAUAUAGGUGAGUAUAACUACCUGGGGACUACGCUACGACAGACGGACAUCGAACCCAUGCCCUCCCUGUCCGACGUGCGGCAGGUCAUCGCUUUGAAUGCUGUGUUGCCUUUAGGGUGUCAGGUGGUCCAUGAGAAAGCACCUCUGGUGAAAGCGAUACUACUAGCAGGUCCAGCUGGCGUUGGAAAGAAAAUGUUGGUCCAUGCCAUCUGCCAGGAAACAGGGGCCAACCUCUUUGACCUCUCCCCUCUAAACCUUGCGGGGAAGUAUCCAGGCAAGAAUGGACUGCAAAUGAUGCUCCACGUGGUUUUCAAGGUUGCUAAGCAGUUGCAUCCUUCAGUUAUUUGGAUUGGAGAUGCUGAGAAGAUGUUUUAUAAGAAGGUCCCCAAAGAGGAAAAGGAGUUAGACCCAAGGCGUCUAAAGAAAGAUCUGCCUAAGAUGCUGAAGUCUAUCAAAGGUGGAGACCGUGUUCUCAUUGUGGGUACAACACAAGACCCAGGGAGUGCAGACCUCAAAUCGCUCUGCAAGGUGUACAGCAAGAUCAUCCUCAUUCCACGACCGGAUUAUGCUUCAAGAUAUGUUAUGUGGAGAGAGCUGAUUAAGAAGGCUGGUGGUGAGGUGACUGACUCAUUGGAUCUGAGCUGUCUGGCCAAAAUCUCAGACGGCUACACUCAGGGUCACAUGGUGCAGGUGGUCCGGGCGAUUCUGACGGAGCACCGCCUCCAGCAGCUGGCCAAAAGACCCCUAACAGCAGCGGAGUUUGUGUCCCCGCUGGCUAAGACUGACCCCAUCUUCCAUGAUGAGGAAGAGGCUCUAAAACACUGGUACGCGAAGACUCCUCUGGGCAAGAAGCGGGCAAAGGCUGCCUCGGAAAAAGAUGAAGAGGAGGCACCAGUUAAAAGUGGGAAAAAGUCAGCGGAAAACACCAAGAAGAAAUAAAGAAAAAGAUUAGGGAAGAAAAUGUCUUCUUUUCAUUAUAUCCUUGAAUGUCACCAAUGUGGUGAAUAUCGGUAAUAGAACAGCAUAGUGGUACAACCUCCUGUCGCUCUGGCAUCAGUCUCUGCACGGCCGCUGUGAUUGCAUGUCCUGAAGUACACACCAUCCACCGAGGCAAGGCUGACUGGAUCCCUCCAAGAAGACGUCUGUUAAGGAUUUUGUAUUUGUGUCCACCGUAUUGCCACCAGUUUACCGCAUAUCUCCACAAUAUAUUUGUGUACCAAUAAAUGUUUGUCUUGCAGCGUCAUAAAUUGUCUCCUCUCCUUUGUGUUAGGGCCUGACCCUAGACGUGGUCAUAACAAUAGAUUAAAGGUAAGGGUCAGUCCAAGGCAAAAAUAAAAGUGG